AUGGCCAACUACACAAAAACUGCAAUCCUAUCAGUCUACGACAAGACAGGUCUACUUGAUUUGGCCAGAGGUCUAAUCGAAAAGAACGUUCGUAUCCUCGCUUCUGGUGGAACUGCUCGUAUGAUUCGUGAUGCAGGCUUCCCCAUUGAAGACGUGUCCGCUAUCACACACGCCCCAGAAAUGUUGGGCGGUAGAGUGAAGACUUUGCAUCCAGCCGUUCACGGUGGUAUCCUUGCCAGAAACAUCGAUAGCGAUGAGAAAGACUUAAAGGAACAACACAUCGAAAAAGUCGACUUCGUUGUCUGUAACUUGUAUCCUUUCAAGGAAACUGUUGCCAAGGUGGGUGUGACUAUUCCCGAAGCUGUCGAGGAAAUUGACAUUGGUGGUGUCACUCUAUUAAGAGCUGCGGCCAAGAACCACACUAGAGUCACUAUAUUAUCCGAUCCAAAGGACUACUCCGAAUUUCUGGGUGAGCUAUCCAACAACGGUGAAAUUUCCCAAGACUUGAAGAACAGACUAGCUUUGAAAGCUUUCGAACACACAGCUGAUUACGAUGCAGCAAUUUCUGAUUUUUUCAGAAAGCAAUACUCUGAAGGGCAAGCCCAGAUCACUUUACGUUACGGUGCCAACCCACAUCAAAAGCCAGCUCAAGCCUACGUCAGCGAACAAGAUAGCUUGCCUUUCAAAGUGCUAUGUGGCUCCCCAGGAUACAUUAAUUUGUUAGAUGCUCUAAACUCAUGGCCAUUAGUCAAAGAGUUAUCUGCUUCGUUGAAUUUGCCAGCUGCAGCCUCUUUCAAGCACGUUUCACCAGCUGGUGCCGCCGUAGGUAUCCCAUUGUCUGAUGUGGAAAAGCAAGUUUAUUUUGUCGCUGACAUUGAAAAUUUGUCUCCAUUGGCAUGUGCCUACGCAAGAGCUCGUGGUGCUGAUAGAAUGUCUUCAUUCGGUGACUGGAUCGCUCUUUCCAAUAUAGUUGAUGUACCAACCGCCAAGAUUAUCUCAAGGGAGGUCUCCGACGGUGUCAUUGCCCCUGGUUAUGAACCUGAAGCUUUAGCCAUUUUGUCCAAGAAGAAGGGUGGUAAGUACUGUGUUCUACAGAUCGAUCCAAACUAUGUUCCAGGCUCUGUCGAAAGGAGACAAGUAUACGGUGUUACUUUGGAACAAAAGAGAAAUGACGCUAUAAUCAAUCAAUCUACUUUCAAAGAAAUUGUUUCCCAAAACAAAAACCUAACCGAGCAGGCGGUAAUUGACUUGACAGUUGCUACCAUCGCUUUGAAAUAUACUCAAUCCAACUCAGUAUGUUACGCAAGAAAUGGUAUGGUUGUCGGAUUGGGUGCUGGUCAACAAUCCAGAAUCCACUGUACAAGAUUGGCUGGUGAGAAGGCCGAUAAUUGGUGGUUCAGACAACAUCCAAGAGUUUUGGAAAUCAAAUGGGCUAAAGGUGUGAAAAGACCAGAAAAAUCAAACGCUAUUGAUUUAUUCGUAACUGGUCAGAUUCCAACUGAAGAACCAGAAAAAUCUGAAUAUGAAUCUAAGUUUGAAGAACUUCCAAAACCAUUUACUCCAGAAGAAAGAAAAGAUUGGUCGAGUAAAUUAACCAAUGUAUCGCUAUCCUCAGAUGCGUUUUUCCCAUUCCCUGAUAACGUUUACAGAGCCGUCAAAUCUGGUGUCAAAUACAUUGCUGCUCCAUCUGGCUCAGUCAUGGACAAAGUCGUCUUUUCAGCUGCCGAUUCAUUUGAUUUGGUUUACGUUGAAAAUCCAAUUCGUUUGUUCCACCACUAG